AACAGUUCAAAGACUUUCAAUGUGUUUCAAUAUGACUGUAUUGAAGAGUGUAAAUAUUAGAUUUAUGCGAGUUAAAAUCACAACUUUUCUUUCUAAGGUUGCCAUAACUUCGUAAAUAGUCCAAAUCAGUACCUCGUCAACUUUAGUAACAACCGUCGCUUGCUCAGUUAGAGGUGAUACGUUGUAAAGUUUGAAGUGACAGGUGACACGUGAACAUUUGGAUGCAGAGUUCGUGGCCAAACGUCGUCAUGAAGAUCAUUCUGAUAAUGGUCUGCCUCUCGCUGCUCGAGCUACUGGCGAGCGUCAGAGGAGACAUUUCAGUCCAAGACUACAGCAAGUAUACGGGGAAUUCCGCUAUCACCGGGACCAGCUUAGGGCAGACGUCCGCACGCUCGGCAGUCCGCUGCAGCACGUUGUGCUCGCGUCACGAAGAGGAGAAGGGGGAACGUUGUCAUGCGGCUCGCUACCAUGGUGAAACACGUGCCUGUGAAUUGAUGUCACGUAGUGGAGAGGGGGCGGAGGAAUGGCUCGUGGACGGACAAUGGAACAUUUAUGUUAUCCAGGGCGUUGCUGCGUGUGGUGAGGGCUGGCACGAUUACGAAACUUCCUGUCUCUAA